UUCAGCAAGAAAAAACUUCCUUCCCCAAGAGAGAUUUUUUUUUCUUUCCCCUCCCUUUAUUGUUGACAAAGAGUCAGUGUAGACACUGCGGUUUGUUCUGCGGACAGAACUGGCUUCCGCCAGUAUCCCACAAUGCCUGUCCUGAUGGCUGUGCUCAGUGUUUUGAUCUCUGUUGCCCUGCGGGCAUGCGCCUCUCCCCUUACAAAGCUCCAGGAAGUAUCUGACAGCUGAGUGUGCUGCUCCCUUGGGGGAACAAAGAGGAAAUCGUUGCAAUGCUCCUGUUCUGCCGCACUAGGAACACAGGCAGCAGUCUGCCUGCUGCCACUGGGCGGCGGGGAGGGCAGGACUGGAUUUAUAAUGGUCCCAAAGGUGCCAUGGUGCCAGACCCAGGCACAGCAGGGGCCCCCUCGGCCGGGCACUCCACUUCUGCUACAACUCAGCAGCUGCAGUGCUGGCUCUCCUCUCCAGCCCUCUCCUCCCACAACGACCUGGACCCUGGGCUUCUCCCCCUGCCCGCUUCCACUCCCUCGCUCCUCCUAUCAGAUGGCAGGCUAAGGGCUCCUUUCGUCUCCACCCCACAUGGGCCGGUGACGGAUGGUCUGCCACCUCCGGCUCCCCUGGGCCCAGGAAGCCCGAAGCCAGGGACUGUCAACCAGCUGCCCCGAGUGGAGUGGAGCGGAGAGGAUGGAGUCCCUGCUUGCCGCUCAGCUGCUCUGAAACAGAGGAAGGGUGAGGGGCUAGGACCAGGGAGAAGGAGGACAAUGCAGAACAAAAGAAUGAACAACAGAGCUCUGUGUGUGUGUGUGGUGGAGGAGAUAAGAGAGUGUUCUUUUUUCUUGGCUGGGUCCCUAGGGGGGGACCCAAAAAUGAAGCUGAGCACAGGGCCCCACUAACUCUAAAUCAGCCACUGUCCUGCCAUAUGAAAAAGCUAUAUAAGAUGGGGAGUGACAUCAUAAGGGUUCUUCACUCCCCACCCAAGAAGAGUCCUGGAAACACCCAAGGAACAAAGACUGAACUAGGGGAAGUGCAGAACCCAGGCUAAAGGGAUUUCUAGCCUGUGUAUGAAACA